ACUAAUAAGACGCCUACACAUACAGGUGGGGUUUUUGCUUUGAUUUAACUUUCGGUUCUUUGCCUUAUACAGGAUUCCCUCAAAAAAUGCAUAUUUGUAGUUUUGAAGAAGACCUUAUUUGAAUAUGCAACGCCUGGUGUUUUUCCUCGUGUUUAGUAUUUUCCUGGGUAAUAUAAGAGCAGAUGUUGUUUUCACGUGGCCUUGUCCCGGAUCUACUUUGGGUUCGGGAGAUGUUUCUGUGUGGUGGGAGGAGGAUAGUGGUGCGCUUUUGGUCCAAGAAAUGGCAAGCCAUCUGUUAGUUUUGUUUACCGGAAGUGAUAGCGUUCUGGUGUGUUCCCGAUUAUCUUUUUCAACAUGUAUUGUGAGUUACUGAUGUUUGUGUAGGAAAUUUUGAAUGAAUGGGCUAUCCCCGUCGGAUCAUACAACGCAACUAUACACCUCGAUUCAAACAUCGGACCUAAUGCAAACAACUCAUAGUAAGCAGUCACUAUUUCAAAACUUAAAUCAUCGUUUUGACGAAUUUCAGUUUCUUCGGCAUUCAAUCAAAUCCUGUUAACAUCUCCAUCUAUCCAUCAGACGCCAUCCCCGUUCUUACCAAUUUCUCACCCCGCUUCUCCCUCGCGAACAUGACAGGAGAAGAUUUUAGCCCUGCUAUCAGCGCUGCAAAUGCCGAGCGCGAUAGCACAGAUGGGCCAGAUUCUCUAAUUCGAGACGAAUCGCAGGACCAAGUAUCCUUAGCUAUGGCUAGCAUACAUUCCUUGUCGUCCGCUCAAAUCACAACUUCUGGGGCGAUUCAUAAUCCAACUGAUGGUGUGCUCGUUACAAAUCUGCCUUUGACACCCACAACCUCUCCAUCUACAUUGCCAUCGGCUCUUGUAACAACCAUAAUCUCCACACCAGAAUCUGCCUCUCCUCAGUCCUUUUCCGAGACGCCAACACAAACUCCGACGUCCACAACCAAUACUCAUAAGAAAAUAGUUAUCGCUAUUCCGGUCGCGAUAAGUGUUGCUGCCGUCAUCGUUCUCUCCCUCUUCUUCAUUAUUCGACAUCGACGCCGACGUCCACCAACCGAAAAGAUAGAUCCAGACGGGUCUAUUCUUCCAUUCUUUCCCCCACCACCAACUCAUCCAAAUACGUGGAUGGAUACUAAAGCUUCUACUUUCAAAGAUAAAUCAAAUCGCUUUUGGCACCUUCUCAAAGCCAAACGCUCCCGAGGUAGCGUUGCCGAAUUGCCCGGCUACGAGGGCCCCGGUACAUUGAAACCGGCUUCACAGCGAAACACCAGCCUAAGCGGAGCGACGGGUACAAAGACGAGCAGCAUGGCUUGUAAGCCUAUCGAAAUCACUCCUAAUGCAACAACUAGUGUUUCAUUGACAAAAGUUCAAAAUCCGCAGAAAAGUCUCCCGGGCCGCGAAGUCGGCUUCUUGGCCCUGGGUCCUGAUUCUACACGCAACGACAGCCAACAUUCAGACAUCAAGGCUCCUAUUACUCUUACGCGUAUAAAUCAUUCUUUUCGAAGCGCCUCGACUAUAAAGACAAUCACAACAGAGAGUUCAGGUAUUCCUUCUUCAUCGGUUUUAUCUGACCGUGAACGUGAACGGGUCCCUUCUCAUUCCGACCUCGGAACUCCUUUUUCCGGAGAACGAGUAGCACAGAUGCCACCGCAACCACCAAGCCCCACAGCUCUUAGAGGAAUGGCAAAAGUAGUUACAAUUUCGAGGAGUAAUUCAUUAUUAUAUUCGGGCUCAAAUCCUGUGGCGACACCUCAGGCUUCUGCUGAUUAUCCCACGAGGAAUAGCUCUCUACCCAGAGGAGCACCAAAGGGAUACACGUUUUCGAAUCCUGCACUGGCAUAUCAAAAGCCUCUGUGCCAAUCACAGACGUCGUUCCACUUACAACAAACAUCAUUCUCCCCACUAUCCACUUCGAUACCACCUCCGGUGUCACAAACGAAAAGCUUUAGGAGUCCAAUGGAGAGAAUGGAUGAGAGUGCGGCUGUUAGAGAGGCGGAGAAAAGAAUUAGAGGAUUUCUUGGGAGUAAUGCAGGAAAUAGUUCUGGUAAUGAGGGGGUCGUGAGUCCGGUUAGUCCUGUUAGUCCUUUGUCGAGCUCGAGGUGAACGAAGAGAUGUCUUAGUAUCUUAAUAGAGGGAGGUACGAUAUAUAUGAUACUUAGUUAUUUGUCGUAGGUUUGGGUAAGACAGGAAUGCGAUGAGAUUAAUGGAUGAAUGAUCGGUUGUGGAUGGAGAAUUAUUGGCGCUUGGUGGUUAAUGAACUCGGUAAUUAUGAAUGCAUUCAGAGGUCAAAUGAUUAAUGAAAUGAUGGGUUGGUUUACUUAAUUGCCUAAUGAAUGUAUAUAUAUUUCUAUUGUUUAAA